ACCUGCUGUUGCUCGGGAUUGAGGCUUAGAGACCCACAGAGAUCCACAGGAGCCCGAGCUACUGCACCUGGUGCUCUGGACCGCUGCAUGGGGCCAUGGAGGCUCAUGGAGACAAAGCUGGAGACCUUGGAGCAUCAAGAGACAGGAUGGAUGGCUCUCCCUCUCUGCUUUUCUGGCUAAUCUAGGUUUUGAAAUUGAUUGGAUGAUUUUGAUUUGUUGUCGGAGCUACUGCCCUGGCCUUGUCCUGGUCCUGGCUUGAGCGCCGCACAGCAGUAAAUCGGUGGCUGUUACAGUGACACGGAGCGCAGGGCUGCGACACGAUCACUCAGGCUGGACUCGGGCCAAGACUGCGGCGCAUGACUCUGAGGCUGCUGACUUGCCAAUCAAGUUUUGCCGAGUCAUCAAUCUCACCUGAACCAAGACCAGCCCGGGCCGCAGUGUUCUAGAACUUUAGCAGCUGUAUUGUAGAAUUCUUGCUUGUGUGUUGUAGAACAGCUGUUUGUUUGGUUGUUCUUUUUUAUUUGCGGGGUGGACUUUUAAAACAUCUCUCCUCCUUCAGCACCAAACACUGUGAGGUUUGUUAGUGUACUUUUGUGUGUGUGGGGGAGGCUGGUAUAGCGAGAUACCAACAGACAGCGGGGACCAUGUCUGUUGAGGCCUGCCCUUUAAGCGGAGCAGAGAGGGCGGUGUGUCGGCUGGUCCACAGUGGACCGCGACCCCGGGUCACCCUGAAACCCCUGAGGCGAGAGUUGGAGCUGUAUGUGGAGAAGAGCAGAGCCAAACUCAAGCGCAGAAUGGAGGCCUCUUGCCUGGAAUUGGCCUUAGAAGGGGAGAGACUCUGCAAAGCUGGAGACUUCAAAGGGGGCACAGCAUUCUUCGAGGCAGCUGUGCAGGUUGGCACUGAAGACCUGAAGACCCUGAGCGCCAUCUACAGCCAGCUGGGUAACGCCUACUUCUACCUGAAGGAGUACGGCAAAGCGCUGGAGUACCAUCGGCACGACCUCACCCUCGCCAGGACGAUAGGGGACCGGAUUGGAGAGGGCAAAGCCAGUGGCAACUUAGGGAACACUCUGAAGGUGCUGGGCAGAUUCGAUGAAGCUAUAGUGUGCUGCCAGAGACAUCUAGACAUCUCCCAAGAACAGGGCGACAAGGUAGGGGAGGCCAGGGCACUGUACAACAUUGGGAACGUGUUCCACGCCAAGGGCAAGCAGCAGCUGUGGGGGUGCUCUCAGGACCCUGGAGAUCUGCCCCUUGACGUCAGGGAUACCCUACAGCGUGCCACAGCCUACUAUGAAAUGAACCUGUCUCUGGUCAAAGAGCUGGGGGACAGGGCUGCACAGGGCCGAGCAUUUGGUAACCUUGGCAACACCCAUUACCUGCUGGGAAACUUCGUGGAGGCCAUCAAAUUCCACAGAGAGCGGCUCUCCAUUGCCAAAGAAUUCGGUGACAAAGCGGCUGAGAGGCGAGCUUACAGUAACCUAGGCAACGCUCUGAUUUUCCUUGGGCAGUUCAACCCAGCAACAGAGUACUAUAGGAAAACGUUGCAGCUGUCUCGCCAGUUAAAAGACCAGGUGAUGGAGGCUCAAGCUUGCUACAGCCUGGGCAACACUUACACACUGUUACAGCAGUACGAGCGAGCCAUCGACUACCACCUCAAACACCUGCUCAUCGCCCAGGAGCUCAAUGACAGGGUUGGAGAGGGUCGUGCCUGUUGGAGUUUAGGAAAUGCCUACGUGUCUUUAGGAAACCACCGCCAGGCCCUCCAAUACGCCCGCAGACACCUGGACAUCUCCAGAGAGAUCGGCGAUAGGAACGGGGAGCUCACGGCCAGGAUGAACGUGGAGCAGCUGCUGGAGGCCCUGGGAGUGAAGGAGGCCGACCUAUCACCCUGCGGCUCCGAGUUUGAGAUGCAAGGAGCCAGACCCAAGUACACCAAGAGGAACAGCCUGGACAGUGUGGACCUAUGGAAGUACCCGUCUGAGAAGAACGGUGAUGGCCAGGACAUGGACGGCAUCUCGAGGAGAUCCAAGAGCCAGCUCUCCCAGACCAGCGGGAGGAAAGGUUACGCAGACAGCCAGUCGUCGGACGAGAGGCAGUGGUUAGACUCGCCCGUAGACACCGACGACAUCACUGUACAAGUAUCCCCGCCGAAGCUGGGCCGCGACCCCUCCGAUGAGGCCUGCUUUUUCGACCUCCUCAGCAAGUUCCAGAGCAGCCGCAUGGACGACCAGCGCUGCCACCUCGACGAGCCCCAGAACGGCGAGGAUGGAGAGGCCGCCAGCUCCCCACUCAGUGACAUGAUCGACCCCAGCCUCACCACUUCGCCUCAAACUGAGGAGCUGUUUGACCUGAUCGUCAGCUCUCAGAGCCGUCGCCUAGACGACCAGCGGGUGAGCGUGAGCAACCUGCCAGGCCUGAGGAUCACCAACAACAACCUGGGUCACCUGUGCGGAGAGGCCGACGCCCAGGAACCCAGCGACGACUUCUUCAACAUGCUAAUCAAGUGCCAGUCAUCCAGGAUCGAUGACCAGCGGUGUUCUCCUCCAGACGCUGGUCCCCGGGCGCCCACGGUGCCCGACGAGGACUUCUUCAGCCUGAUCCAGCGUGUCCAGGCCAAGCGCAUGGACGAGCAGCGCGUCCACCUGCCCUCCGACGAGCAGGAAGACACAGAGGCCGACUCUGAGCCUGAGGCACGCUCUGGGGACUCCAGCUAGACUCUCUAUGACCCGCCUCAACAGGGGGGGCCCUCACUCGCACCCCCUGAGCACCGAAGGAGAGAUGCAGAGAGGAGGGAGAGGGGGGAGGUGUCUGAUGGUGAUGCUAGCGGUCGAGUCUGCGGUAAAGAGCCGCAGAGAAUAUGAAGAGGGAGUGUGAAUACGGGAGGGCUGUUGUGUAGAGUACGUGUGUGUGUGUGUGUCUGUGUGUGUGUGUGUGUGUGCGUGACUAAGAUGGUGUUAGACGUGUGGUCUGUGUCUUUAGCUGGGGGUUUCACCGUUUGUGUGUGUUACACAGCCUUAAGUAAAUGUACUGACUCUGAUUGUAACCUGUAGGUUUAAUUUCUCUGUGUUGUAUGUACUCAUGACGGCGUGGCCAGUUGAAAGGCCUUUUGAUGAAGGAUGGCAGUAUUAUUAAUUUGACCUUAGCCGUGACAGUUUGAAGACUGUGCAGACAUUUCCCCCCUAGUUUUACAGUGCCACAUUUCAGCAUAUAGCAUCGGAUGUUUUGUAGGGCUAUUUCAUUUUCAUACAUGUUGAAGGGCAUCCAUGCCAUUCAGAACAUUCAGGUCUAUGCCUUUAUUCAGAGAAAUAAUGUCAGUUACGUUUGCAAAAGCUGUGAAAUUAGCAUUUUUCACAUCAGAUGCCAUCAGCCACCAGGGGUGUAUGAGAUGUAUACCUUCUGUCUGGGCCUGACUAAUGUCUUGUGUAAGACAUUAUCCUUAGAUCAGACUUGAUGUAGUCAUGCCAUGCAGAUCAUAAGCUCUCAGUGGCAUGAAUCCUGAUGGCCUGUCCAUCAGUGCUUUGUUUGAAUGGGACUAGAUACCUAUCAGGUUCCUACUAGCUACCAUUACACCAUAUAGUUACUGCCUGCUGCUGAUGCGAGGACCGCUUCGGUCCUGAUGUGGGUCACACCUGACCCAGACACACACAGAGACUGCUGGCCAUUUAGAGAUCCUCUUGUGGUGGCAUAAGGCCACUCUGAAAGCAGUGAUGAGCUCACUGGUAGUUGGCCACAUACUGUACACACGUCACAGCUCAGUCUGCUCUGAGUUUGGAGUCUGUGUGUGUUAAGCUACUUAAUGUAGCCUGUGAGUGUUGUGUUCAUAUUUACAACAAACAAACAACAAACAGUGAAGUGUUGCAGUGUUUAUGGAUAGCUCAUCCCAGCAACAAUUGAUUCAGGUGUUUUCUCCUUCACGUCACUGUGCUGAGGAUAAACUUGUGAUUACAGAACACUUGAGUGGAAUAGGACAAAUCCACUGUUUGCUAUGUGGAGACACCCUCAUGGGCUCUGUCGCCAUCUUGUGGCCAAACAUGUUCAUAAAACCCCCAUUCCGUUUAUGGGUGUUAACUGAUAGCAUUACAGAUAAUACUGAGAGAUGACAUAGUACAGUAGUAGACUCACAAGUAUGAAGAACUUAAGCACUUUCUUUAAAUCUUGGUAAAAAAAAGGUUAUACAUCAGUGUGUGUACAUAUAAAUAUUUUGUUUGGCAAAAGUGAGAGCGUAUUUGCAGCCGAGGUUAGUGCCUGCUUUGUAUCUUUUUUAGUUGUAGUUCUCUGUGCUAUCUGGCUCUUGUAGCAUCCCCAGGGAAACGAUGAGGUGCAUUAACUGCAAGCCCACUCUGGGCUGUUAGUGUGAAUGGAAAGUACUUCAGUAAUGACGAUCGAUGAGCUACUGAUUAACAAGCUCCCCUUAGCACUCACUGGGAGCCACAACACAAAGCCGGCUGCCCUGGGCUGCAUUCGACCCAGAUCUAGCCCACACUCUGCUCUGAUGCAGUCCACAUUCGGUCCUGUUCUGGCCCUAAUCUGGUCUACAUUUGGCCCCGAUCCAAACACAGAUUCUGCCCUGAUCCAGCUAAGAUCUGGCUCAGAUUUGGCCCUGAUGUGGUCAAGAUCAGUUUCAGAGCCAGCUGCUGCUAUUUAGGCAGUUUGAUUGGUGUUUUGCCUAUAGCUGCUCUUUAUUCUUCCCUGCUUUCUCAGCUCCAGGGGGAAGUAUUGCCAGUACUAAUAGUGUCUGUACGACCGUAUGAAGGAGUUCCUGGGUUAAGGUUACACUGAACCUGUUGGCUAGAACAGAGGAAGGUUCAGCUUGCUAGCUGUUAGGUGACUGAGUCCUGACCAGGCUCAUCUGGUACGCUUAUGUGCGUCACUGCCACAUGUACAUAUGGGUUUGUAUUUAUUUUUCUGUCUGUGGACACCAGGAAGUCCUCAGUGCUUUUAAUAAAACAGAUUCAAAUGUUA